AAUUCGUACAUAAUUUUGUAGGGAAUCUUAUCAAUAAAUAAUACAUGUUUUCAUUCACUUUUGCAUGUCCAUAAAAAUGAUAAUCAAUCUGAGUCUUCUGCUCCUUUGUGUUAUUUUAACGAGCACAGAAAAACAGGACGGUUACUGUGAUUUAAAAGAAAAGACCUGUGAUAGAGAUUUUUUAAAUGAAAAGUUUAUUAUAUACGAUGUAAACCCACCGGAAGGGUUUAAUUUGAGGAGGGAUGUCUACAUGAGAUUUGCAAUCAUGCUAUCGGAUGCUAGACAACAUAACGAAAAUUGGAAAUUAAUUUUGCCGCCUUGGUAUAGUUUAUACCAUUGGAAAGCGAAACAAAACGACUACCCAAUGCCUUGGAGUAACUUUUUCGAUGUGAAAUCUUUAAAAAAAUUCGCACCGGUAGUGGAAUUACACGAAGUGUUUUCGAAAAUAGAUUCAAAUAUUUUUAAAAUUGAUCGUUUAUAUGUAUUACAAAACUAUGAUGAUGCAUUCGAAAACGGUGAAUUUAGAGAUAAAUGGGAGAUUGGAGGGGACUGUGAUUAUGAUGGAAGUCUUUGGGGAUAUAAUAAUAUAACUGUCAAGAAAACAAUAUGUGUAAAAUAUCAGGGCCGUAUAUCAAAGUUAUGGGAACUGAUAUCUUUAAACCCAGCAGAUAAGUUUGUCAUGUUCGCUCAUGGUGAAAUACCCCUACAUGAUCAAUAUGGCACUAAAACAUUUUGGGAUUGUAGAAAAAGCAUGAAAUUCAAUAAAAAUCUCAUCAGUAGAGCUAAAAAAUACAUAUACAAAUACUUCAAUUGCAAUAAUAAAAUCUGUAAUAAUUAUGUGAGCGUUCAUUGGAGACGACAGGAUUUCGCUCGAUCACGUAAAAAAGAUGUUCCUUCAAUAGGAGGAACAGUAAAACAAAUUGAUAAUGCUAUCAAAAACUACAAUCCACAUAUUGUUAAUAUCUUCAUAGCAUCCGAUGGGCAGAAUUCUGAAUUAAUUGAAUUGGAAAAACAACUUAGUGAUAUUGGUUUUAAGGUCCACCUUUAUUUACCGACACAAUUGGAGUUAGAUACAUUUAAAGAUGGUGGCGUAGCUAUCAUUGACCAGAUUAUAUGUUCACAUGCCGCAUACUUUAUUGGUACAUAUGAAAGCACGUUUACGUUCCGGAUACAAGAGGAAAGAGAAAUUUUAGGUUUUGACAGUUCUACCACUUUUAAUAGGCUAUGUCCGGACAAUGGUAGGUGUGAGGUGCCUUCAAAAUGGAAAAUUGUCAAUUGAUCAAUGAGUUCUCAUUCCACAUACUAAAUUAACAGCACUUUCUCUACUUUGAAACCCUAUGAAAUAAUAAAUUAAAAAUGAAUUGGCAAAUCAAGCUCUCUGUACUUGUUGAGAGCCAAUUUGAGUCUAUUGUGGGUUCGGAUGUGCAAUUAAAAAUAUUUUUAAUUACAUCAAAGAUGUAGAACUUCUCAGGUGCAUACUUAAAUACAUGUACCUUUU